AUGCCAGAGGUGGAGCUGGAGGUGGAGGUGGAGGAGGUGGAAGAAGAGGAGGAAGCCGCGGUUCCGGAAGAAGUUGAGGGCUUUGCAGGCUGGUCCGGCAGCAAGCUUGAGGAAAUACGGGAGGCACUCCUGACUUGGUAUGCCCACGCACGGCGCCGUCUUCCCUGGCGGGGCGACCCACCUCCAUGGAGCGAAAGCAAGGCCAAGCUGAGAUCUGAAGCUAGGGUGGAGCAGAAGCCAUGCAUGCCCAAGCAGCGGUCCUUGUCGAGUUUUUUUGGCUUAAAGGCUGCACCGCGGACUCACAGCGGUGAGGUUCAGAUCAUUGACUUGGAAGAUAUCAGCCAGGGUCCUCCGGCAGACUGCGCGCUCUCCCGUGAUUCCGAAGAUGUUCCUUCGCAAGCUGCAAGGAGCUUCCCACAGAGCGCCUACGGGGUGUGGGUGUCGGAAGUUAUGCUCCAACAGACACAGGUGGAAGUCGUCAUCGGUUACUGGACCCGUUGGAUGGAGCGAUUUCCAACCAUCGAGGCAUUGGCCACGGCCAGCGCCGAUGAAGUCAACGCUGCUUGGGCGGGCCUGGGCUACUAUGGACGAGCCAGGCGCUUGCACGAGGGUGCCCAGCAUGUCAUCAAGAAGCAUGGAGGCCUACUGCCGCAGAGCUGCCACGAGCUGCUUCGCAUUCCAGGCAUUGGCCCGUAUACAGCUGGAGCCAUUGCGUCGAUUGCCUUCCACCAACCAGCUGCGGUUGUGGAUGGAAACGUAGUGCGAGUGUUCAGUCGAAUUGCCGCACUAAAGGGGCACGCGAAGUCGACGGCCUUGUGCAAGCUGUGUUGGAGGCUGGCCGAAGAUUUGCUGGAUCCUAAGCAGCCAGCCGCUUUCAACCAGGCGCUCAUGGAACUGGGGGCCACUGUUUGCACACCUCUGGCCCCGCAUUGUGGUCGUUGCCCUUUGCAAAGGGCUUGCAAGGCGUACCAGUUGGCAGCUGAAGGCACUGUGGCCUCGGUGACUUGUUUUCCAGCCAAGUAUGAUCAAAAGCAUCGGCGUCAACGAGUGUUGGCUCUUGCUGCCGUCGCUGACGCGUCAGGCGCCUGGAUGCUGGUACGGCGACCACCGCAUGGACUGCUCGCAGGGCAGCUGGAGUUUCCAGCAAUUCAACUUCCAGGGGAGGAGAGGCGGGAGAUGCAGGAAGCAUCAGCAGAGGUGAUGUUACACCUUCAAGAAAUGCUGGGGAACUUCGGGAUCCAGGGGCUGACUCUAACACCUCUCAGCGCUCCCAUCGAGCAUGUCUUCUCCCAUGAGCAUCAUACGAUGUACGUGUUCAGAGGCUGCCUCCCUGAUCGUGGGCUAUGCUCGCAAAGCACGCGGGAUGCGCUCUGGCUUACGCCGCAUGAGGCGCAGAAAUCUGGCAUCACCAGCGGGCUGCAGAAGGUGUUGCAUGCGCUGCUGCCGGCGCUCCCUACAAAGAGGGCGGCGAAGCGGCAAAAGCGUUAG